AUGAUCACCUCUUUGUGCUAUGAGACAAACGGCUCCUGUUACAGAACACUACACCCCUUCGGGGUCCAGCUGACCAUCUACCUCUUCUGUGCCAUAGGCAUGAUUGUCACAGUACUGGGGAACCUGCUGGUUGUGGUCUCUGUCUCCCAUUUUAAAGCUUUGCACACCCCCACCAACUUCUUGCUACUCUCUCUUGCCUUUGCAGACCUUCUCCUGGGACUAACUGUACUGCCCUUCAGUACUAUUCGAUCUGUGGAGAGCUGCUGGUACUUUGGAGACUGCUUUUGUAGGCUACAUACCUUUUUGGACACACUCUUUUGCUUGACCUCAAUACUUCACCUAUGUUUCAUUUCCAUUGAUCGUCACUGCGCUAUCUGUGAUCCUUUGCUUUACCCCACUAAGUUUACCAUAAGGGUGUCUUGCAUCUACAUAGCAACAGGGUGGUGCAUACCUGUGGUUUACACAUCCGUCUUCCUGUAUACUAAGGCCAUUGAAGAAGGACUAGGUCAUUUUUUACAAGACAUGCCUUGUGUUGGGAGCUGUCAGCUGCUCUUUAACAAACUCUGGGGCUGGAUAAAUUUCCCAGUGUUCUUCUUCCCCUGCCUCAUAAUGAUAGCUUUAUAUAUAAAAAUAUUUAUUGUUGCAAACAGGCAAGCCAGACAGAUAAACAGCAUGAAUAAGAGUAUUGAGUCUCAACUAAACUUAGGAGCAUCAAAGAGAGAAAGAAAGGCAGCAAAGAGCCUUGGGAUAGCUGUAGGAAUCUACCUCCUUUGCUGGCUACCCUUUACCAUAGACACCAUGGUAGACAGCUUUCUGGGUUUUGUUACUCCACCCGUACUGUUUGAUGUUCUCAUCUGGUUUGCUUACUUUAAUUCUGCCUGCAAUCCCUUGAUUUAUGUGUUUUCCUAUCAUUGGUUUAGGAAGGCAGUGAAGCUAGUUAUAACUUGUAAGAUCUUUGAUUCUAGGACAGCUACAGUAGACUUGUAUCGGGAAUGA